UAUUUGCAUCUAAUUAAUGAGUAAUGCUAUAAUAAGUGAGCAAAGAUUGAAAAAUAUUUCAUAUUGAAGAAAAUUAAAACGACAUAUUAUAACAUUAUAAAUAAAAUAAGAAUUAUGCCCCUAUGUCUCGUCCGGAUGGAGAAACUACGUAGUCGUGCCCUUGCACGGGCCUUGGCAACAGAAUUCAAAAAACCCGCCAUUCAGAAGUAAACGUCGUUCUGUGCGGUGGCGCCCGUAGCCGUGGCGCCCGUAUUUCCGUGCGCUGCGCGCGCCCUCGUUCUUUAUUGUGUUCUGUUCGUUAGCCUUGGUAACAUGUUGGUUAAUUUUAUCAGUUUCUUUCAGUUAAUUUGUGCCAAUUCUCUUUUUCAGCCAUGCCUAGGCAUAAAAAAUCUAAAGAAUUCCUCCUCGAGACACUCGAGAAAGCAAAGGCGCGCGCAUACGCAUAGUUCAAGAUUACUCGGGGGACAGGCGAUCGCGGGACCGUUCACGCAGUUGAUCAUGGAAUGCACGUCCAUCUUGUAUUUCUCGGACGCCGAGGAUCUGUGUUCUUGACGUUCCCUCGUGGAAAUUCUCGAUCGAAUGCAACUGUCCGCAGGAGCCCCUCAAAUAUUCAUCAGGGAGGUUCUGGUACUACUUCCUUACUUACGCCACAGGUUCUAAACCAGAUUGUAGAAGAGCAGCCGGUCGCACAAGCGACCGGGCAGUUGUCCCACCAGGUAUGUCCUCUUGUCGACCCAGCAAUAUAUGAUAAAUCCUGGCAAAGAGAGGACAUAACCGAUUGUCUCUUCUAUCUGGCUACUCCGGUUUUUUCGAAAGUCGAUAAGAUCGAGCCUCUGGCUCCUGGCACUGUGGUUUACGCUGACACUCUUGUCAAAGAGAUCACUCGGAGGACAGGCGAUCGCGGAACCGUUCACGCAGUAGAUCGUGCACGUCCAUCUUAUAUUCUCGGACGCCAGAGGAUCUGUGUUCUGGAUGUUCCCUCGUGGAAAUUCUCGAUCGAAUGCGUGAGUUUAUCACCUCCAGAAAAAUCGGGCAUAACCUCCAUUCUAAGGAGUGCUCAGGAGGUUAUGUAAUCUUCAGAACCGUCCGCAGGAGCCCCUCAAGUAUUUCUUCACUUCUUUAUAUUACGUUCGAAUAGCUUUCGAAACAAAAUUCAAGAGGUGUGCGAAACUCUCGACGAUUUUCUCGAUAUACUUAUCCAUUUAUAAACGACGUAUAUUUAAAUAAAUUUUGAAAGCUGAGCGACGAGAAAUAAUUAUGCAGCAGUAAUUGCAAUUUUAACACAUUAUUUUUAGUUUGGAGAUCAAUUGCAAGAUUGCACCAUGACAGAGUGUGAAAAAUAUCUUUAAUAAAAUUUGUAUAUAAUCUGAAGCUAUAUACAUCCAAUGAUUUUAUUUAUAUCUCUUCCAAGGCGAUACGAAAAUCUAAUCGUCAACGUAACCUUUAGUCGUUGACGUAUAACAUUUAAUAUCGAUUAACCUUUGCAACCUAUUCACAGUUUGCGCUAUUUUCC